AUGAAAAAAAACCCAUCUCACCCACCCCACGACAACAGCCCCAAGCGCAGCCCUCACUUGCCCUGCACAACUUCAUCCUCUCUAGCCGCCCACAACGACUUCCUACCUCCCUCCCGAUCGCGAGGCGACUAUUCGAAUCGCCAGAGCUGCAUCUGUCGCAUUAGCCUCCUUACUUUGCAUCUUACGACCUCGCCGCAUCUCCGCGCACGAUUAGUACACACCAGUCCGCGCUGGUUUUUGGUCAAGUCGCGUUUGGCAAUCGAAAAUACUCCCUUUUUUGCCGCUUCUUCUCCGCCCACACUCUUCUCAACCGUACCCCUCUCCUCUCUUCCUCUGGCAUCGCUUGAUACGCCUCAUAUUCGCACCGCAAUAAUGGCCGAGCCCCAGCCUGACAUUCAGAGUAUCCUCGCGGCUCUUGCCUCUCAACGACCCGCCGGCGCGACCCCUACACAGACGCCCUCAGCCGCUCCAGGCCAAUCGUACGCUCCUCCUCCAGGUGCAGCUCAGGCUGGCUAUGGCGCACCUGCUCAGCAGGGCAUGCCCGCGCCUGCGGCCUCUGGCAGCGUCGAUUUGAGCGCCAUCCGCCCAGUGAACUCGGGUACCGUGAGUUUUGAUGACGUGCUCUCCAAAGCCCGUGCCUUUGCCGCCGCCAAAGGAGUUGCCUCCUAUGACCAGCCCCUCGUGUAUGGCGCCGAAUCCAGAGACGCGGACCAGCCAUACGGACGCCCCCGAUCACGGUCUCCUCAGCGUGAUCAUCAAAACGAUCGCCGGGGUGGUCACGGCCGCGAAUAUGGCCGAGAACGUUCCUGGUCCCCUCCGCGCGAGAGACAUUCUCCUCGUAGUGGCAGAGGUCGCGACCGAUCGCCGCUCCGCUCUGGAGGAGGUGGCGACGAGAACUCGGAGACUAUACAGAUUGAAUCGAGCCUCGUCGGUCUCAUCAUUGGUCGCAAUGGUGAGAAUCUGCGUAGAAUUGAAAGUGAAUCAAGCUGCCGUGUACAAUUCCUUUCUCCUACCGAUGGUGGUCCUUUCCGCCAGUGCAGAAUCACUGGUCCUGCUCCGCGCCGCAGCGAGGUCAAGGACGCCAUCAACCGCAUUAUCGAGGAUAGCGGUAUGGGCGCGCUGAACCGUGCUGAAGAAAAACCCACCGUGCAAGGCGCCGCUACCGUACUGCGUGAUGGCGAGGACCACAUGCAAAUCAUGGUUCCUGACCGCACUGUCGGCCUCAUUAUUGGCCGCGGCGGUGAGACGAUUCGCGACCUCCAGGAGCGGUCAGGCUGUCAUAUCAACAUCGUACACGAGUCUAAGAGCGUUAAUGGUCUGCGACCUGUCAAUUUGAUUGGUACCCCGGUGGCCACCGCCCGUGCCAAAGACUUCAUCCUUGAAAUCGUCGAUAGUGAUAGCCGUGCUGACGCACAAGGUGGUCCUCCCGGCGGUCCCAAGCCUCCUCCUAUGCCGCGCGGCGGCGGCGGCGGCGGAGGUGGCCAGUCUCGUGACCACAACCAGCACAGCAAUCCCUACGACGGACCCGGCAAGGUCACUGAUGCCAUCUAUGUCCCGUCUGACGCGGUCGGUAUGAUUAUCGGCAAGGGAGGCGAAACUAUUCGCGAGAUCCAGUCCCAGGCCGAAUGCAAGAUCAAUGUGGCGCAGUCGUCUGGACCGGGCGAAGUGCAGCGCGAGAUUUCGCUGGUUGGCGCACCCGCGAGCAUUGAGCGCGCAAAACAGCUGAUUGACGAAAAGGUGGAAGCAAUGAAGCAGAAGAACGCAGGAGGUGGCGGCAGAGGCGGCCGUGAUCGCCAUGACGGCGGGGGUCGCGGUGGCCACGACGUCGGAGGCCGCGGUGGUCAUCACGAGCGCGGACAGGGUGACCGAGGCGGAAACAACUACGCGCAGGCGUCAACUACUAACGCACCGCAGCAAGGCGCUUCAGGUGAUGCCGCAGAUCCAUACGCACAGUACGGUGGUUAUCAAAACUACGUGAACCUUUGGUAUCAGUCAUUGAUGUACCAGCAACAGCAACAAGGCGGAGGAGAUGGCACCCCGCCGGCCGGAGCGCCGCCGAAAUGA